AUCAUCCGUCCUGCUGCCAUCGCUCGAGCAGGGUCCUCGCUGCAUCCAUCCUGAUCGGGACUCCUGCAAAUCCCGAUGGUCUAACGUCACCCAAUCCUCCAAAACCCAUCGCACGUUGUAUCCCUCCUCGCCGCCUUUAUCUGACAAUCUCUACGAGCGUCGGCGCCUUAAUCGACCCCGCAAGGCGAGCAUCCUUCUUUUCAUCCCUCUUCUUCUCUUCUGUUUGUCCGAAUCAUUGUACCUUUGUCACCUUUCUUUUCUUUUCUUUUCUUUUCUUUCUCCUACUUGGCGCUUGUCGUCCUGUGGCUUCAUCCUGACCUCGCUCCCGCCGCCUUCCCUCGCUCAGACCGAAGCGAUCGUUGCCCUAGUCAACUGCAUAUCGGUGGGGUUGGUUUAUUUUAAGCAACCUCGCCUCAUUGGACUCCUCCCGUGUUUCAGGGACGGCUGGAGGUUGAUGUGGCCUCGUUCCUGAUCCGAAACGUCCUCUCGACGUCAACCAUCGACGGGCCUUUGGGGUAAAAUAACAAAAAGUGAAAAAAAAAAUAAAAAUAAAAAUAAAAAUAAGGGAAAGCCAGACAAAAAGGAUAGUCAUCCUUGCUCGCAAUCGUCGACGAUCGACAGGGUCAAAAAGUCUGCGACGCGAGAGCCAUGACAACUUUUCUUCCUGUCAACAUCAACCAUACCGGCGCGGAGAUAAAAAUGGAUUUUCAGCAGAAAAGUCCAGCCACGCCAUUCUUGCCUCGCAUGGAACGGCCCGUCAAGCGCGAGGCCCAGGAGCAAUCCCAGACUGGAAACGCGACCGAAACCCAAAGUGACAACAACAAACGCCCUGCCGUGGCCGGAGGCACGAACGACCAUAACAAGUCGAAUCUUUCGCAUCCUCGUCCGGUUUCGAACGGAAACGCGAGUAGGGAAGGGUCGUCAACACAGUCUUCUGCACCUGAGGAUGUACCGGCGCAUGAAUCGGAAGGCGAACACUAUGGAAGCGAGAACGAAGCGGAUCACGGGGAGACCGCUCCUCCAUCGAAGAAGAAAAAGGGCCAACGGUUUUAUUGUAAAGAUUUUCCACCUUGCAAUUUGAGCUUCACGAGAAGCGAGCAUCUCGCUCGUCACAUAAGGAAACAUACAGGAGAGAGACCGUUUCAGUGCCAUUGCUCGAGGCGCUUUUCACGCCUAGAUAACCUUCGACAGCAUGCACAGACAGUCCAUGUCAACGAAGACAUUCCUGGCGAUUCCCUUGCUGCCACAGGAACUCGAUUUCAACGCCAGAUUCGAACCGACCGAGUACGCCCACCAGGGAGAGCCCGUGCUGGGACUGGUGGUAGCCAGGGUGGUCAUAGCCGUGGACAUAGCAGGAAUCUGUCUACGUCCAGUAUCGCUUCCACGGUGUCAUCUUUCAGUCAGACCCAGGAGCUCCGGCGCAGACCCCCGCCGCUAAUGAUGGCGAACGACGGCAAUGCAAGAGCCAGGCUAUCUCUAGAAACAGCCUCACCACCAAAGACCCCUCCUCAGCAGAUCCACCCCUUCCAGGGACCAUCGCCAAACACAGCCGUCUUUACACCGUCGUCAGCGAACUACGAUACAGCGAGCCCUUUCUACGCAUCUCCAGCCUCAACCACAGGAUUCUGGGGAGAUAGUAUACAUUCACGCCGCCUGUCCGUCCCCACAGACAGUCGACCAUUCGACCCUUCUUCUCAUGCGAGCUCGUUCUCGCCUGUACACCUUAGACAGCUUGCACCCGCACACGGCCCAUAUCCUAACAAUGAAACUCCUUUAGGUGGUCCAUCAACUCCUCAUACACCGCAGACUGCUCAAGGAAUAUCCCCUUCCGACUCUGACUGGCGACGGAGGACCUGGCACCCAAGCUCCGGGUUCGCUCGACCAAUAACCAGUGGUCUCUGGUUCCAGCAGUCUGCAGAACAGACCCCGUCCGCGUACCCGGUCAAUUUACAACCAUUGCAGAAUCAAAACCCACCGAGACUACCGGGGAUCGAGAGUUUUGAUCAGAUGCAGCAGAGCCCGUUAGCACCGCCCCGGCGCGAGCCUACGCCCAUGCAGAUCGACCGUCCUGGUCAGGUAGAACAGCCCAUUCAACAACAACAGCAGCAGCAGCAGCAGCAGCACCAACAAGCUGGUGCUCCCCCAUUUCCAACUUCUUUCGAUGCGCAGACCCCAGCGGCACGACCACAGCCCCCCAUUUCAGGCCCCGGUCAUCGUAGAGGAUUUCUUUCCUUGGACCUGUCGCUUCACAGAAAUUUAACCAAACUUGAUCUCCGUGAGAGUCCUCCUCAGAAGAACGCUGGCCAAUGGAGUCAACAGACAACCCAUCCAACAAGUGCCGUAACCAACCAGCAGGAACGUGUUUCAGUUUCAUCCACUGCUCCCCCUGCUCCGGUUCAAGCUUUACCUCCCAUUGCGCCCAAGGAGCCGCAGCCUAUUGCUGAUGCUACCAAUGCGAAUGAUCAUACCAAGAGACAUACUUGGUUCAUCACUUCGUCUGCCGACCCUUCACACUCGAAUGUACCGGUUACUAGGGCCCCGUCUUCCCACCCAAAGACGUCUGAAAGCGUCCAGGCCACCCCAAAGGCGAGCGUCGACUUCCUCGCAACCGUCGCACAGAACGAAAGCGAAGCGGAACGUCGGCGUUCACUCGCUAUUUCAGAUCUUAGUAGCCAGAAUCCCCCACAGCCGCCUAGGUACACAUUUGAUGCUAGUUCUGAGCCACGUUCUGGAGUCUAUCCUGGUCCGGCCACUAAUGAUCCUGGACUGGGACGACUUGAGGCACUUGUUGCUGUUGCCACGAGCGAAAGCAGCGGUAGAAUGUUUUGA